AUGUCCAACUCAAAAACCUCCAUUUCUAAAGACGAAGCGAAGGACCUAGCUCAGCUUCCGUCACAGCUAGGUGAAGGCGAGAUCCGCCAGGAGUUCACUCACGAUGCAGUCUUUGGUGAAAUCACAGAAGGAGGCCCCAAUUACCGCAAUGUUGGGUGGCUUGGGACAUCGGCUCUAAUGAUGAAGACCCAAAUCGGUCUCGGUGUCCUGUCCAUUCCUGCCGCCUUCGAUAGCUUGGGCAUCCUUCCUGGUGUCAUCUGUCUAUGCAUGAUCGCAGCCAUCAGUACAUGGUCUGAUUACAUGGUUGGUGUUUUCAAAAUACGUCACCCCACGGUCUACGGUCUCGAAGACGCUGGUGGUUUAAUGUUUGGCCCCAUUGGCGGCAACUUCCUGGCAUGCGCAUUCUACCUUUAUUGGGUGUUUGUCGGAGGCUCUGGAAUGCUCGGAAUCUCAAUAGCAUUGAAUGCCCUUUCCACUCACGGGGCAUGUACUGCCGUUUUUGUGGCCAUAGCGGCCAUUGUAGCCUUUUCGCUUUCCAGUAUACGGACUCUCGGUCGCCUCACAUUUAUAGUAUGGAUUGGGUUGGCGUGCAUACUAAUUGCAAAGUUCUUGAAAGUCUUCACUGUAACCAUCGCUGUUGGUGUGGAAGAUCGUCCUACUGCCGCGCCACAAGAUGGUGUUUGGGUCUCGGAUUACAAAAUCGUGAACAGCCCGACAUUCACUGACGGUAUUUCUGCGGUGUCAUCCCUUGUUUUUGCCUAUGCUGGGACACCUGCAUUCUUCUCCAUUGUGUCAGAGAUGCGAGACCCGCGCCAUUAUACUCGCGCGCUGCUAAUCUGCCAGGGGGUAGUUACAGCUACUUAUCUCUCUAUCGGAUGCGUGGUGUACUACUAUUGUGGCUCAUAUGUCGCUUCACCGGCACUCGGGUCUGCUGGCCAGACCGUGAAGAAAGUGAGCUAUGGGUUCGCUCUGCCGGGGUUGAUAGUCACCACAACCCUCGUCACGCAUGUGCCGGCCAAAUCGAUCUUCAUCCGCAUAUUACGAGGAAGCAAGCAUUUGACUUCUAACACCUUCACACAUUGGAUUACCUGGCUUGGCUCCACCUUUGGAGUCGCGCUGACAGCCUACAUCAUCGCCAGUGCUAUCCCUGUGUUUGGUGGUCUGGUAUCUCUUAUAGGGGCUUUACUCGGCACUCUCAUGUCGUUUCAGCCAAUGGGUUGCAUGUGGCUAUACGACAAUUGGACCAAGGACAAAAACGAGCGAACGAUACAAUGGAAAUUGAUGGUUUGUUGGAGCAUUUUCGUCAUUGCGAUCGGGACCUUUUUAAUGGUCGCUGGCACUUACGGAUCGGUCGUUGGAAUUGUUGACUUGUACAAAGUCUCUGGUGGCUCGGCAGCCUGGUCCUCUGUCAACGGUGCCGAAAGCAAAAGAUCAAAUGUUCCGGAUUUCAACCUUGCAACACGUGCCACAAACGAAACUUGGCAUGUACAUUUGAUGAUCGUGAUCAAAAAAUUCUUGUUACUCGGGGGUAAAGUUAACGCCCGUACUCCUAUGUUUACGCUGCUGACACGACUCCUUAGAUUCAUAGAAGACCUCCAGAGAAGGGUCGCAGCGUUAGAACAUGAGGAUGAUGAAAUAUCUAGUGUCAAUAGCUAUGUUGACCAAAACAGAGCUAGGCCCAACAAUAGUAUGGUAUCUCAGAUGUUUCUUGGCCUAUAUCUAACCACCACAGCCGAGGAAAAUGUUCCCAUGGCCGAAGCCGGGUUGGAUCAAACCAUUGAAGACGAUGCAGACCUAACGAAUCCACUUUCUACUGGUCCUUCAGCCUUCACAGUGGCAGGAACUGGUCGUACUUUCUACCUGGGAACGUCAUCCAACUGGUCUUUUGUUCGGAGGGUCUUGAGUAUGACCCAUGAAGCCCUUUAUAAGUCUCCACUCCCUCCCGACAGUUUGCUCUUUGAGGGCUCCACAUAUGAUUUGGGGUGGGACGGGUCGAGAAUUUCAGUAGAUCCCACACCUCUGAUUGUUCCAACCCUCGACCACUCCAUUUAUCUCAUCAACGCUGUCAAGUUCCAUGCAGGCCAACUAUUCCAUCUUUUUGACGAAGGGACGUUCAUGGAUGGCCUGUAUGCUUUCUAUGAGAACCCCCAACAGGAGACUACAACACCUAGCUUGUGGUAUAUUCAUUACUUGGUCGUUAUUGCCUUUGGGAAAGCACUUUCUGUGAACUGGAACCGAGGUGGCCGACCGCCAGGUUGUGAAUUUUUUACCAAAGCCCUGCAAUUACUCCCAGACUCUACGCUUCUGUCCAGAGAUGCGGUAAUUGCCACUGAGAUUCUGUGUUGUAUAGCACUGUACCUACAGUCUCUGGAUUUUCGGAAUUCGGCACAUAACUUCAUUGGACAAGCCUUACGCCUCGCUCUGGCAGACGGUAUGCAUACGGAUAUGCCAGUACAUCACCUUGGAGAGUCUCUCGUGGAGAGAUAUCGCAAAAUCUGGUGGACAGUAUACAUUCUUGACCGGCUAAUGACUUCUCUGAUGGGAUUGCCUCAAUCGAUUCAUGACAGUCAAAUUCAUCACCAGCUUCCUACCUUUCAAGGCUCGCCCCAAAAAGUAAUUGCGUUAGGCAUGCAGAUCCGCAUGUGCCAGAUAAUCGCAGAAAUAAAUACCACUGUCUACGGACCGGACGGACGACUGAAUCGAAAAUUCCUGGUCAGAACAAAAGCUGCACUUGCUAGCACGACAGAUCUAGCAAACGACCUUCAAAGAUCCUUCGACUUGCAGUUGGACAGGUCCACAAUAAGUGGUGUUUCCCGGCUAUCGGCCCAUUUACACUUACUCUAUCAUCAGUGUAUUGUUCUAGCUACGCGUCCCUUGUUGCUAUGCUUCUUGAAGAUCAGGUUGCAACCUGCCGACGUCUGUCUCAAAGCUCUUAAUUCGUCAGCAAAUAUUCUUAGGUUAAUUCAGCUUUGCAUUGACUCGGCGCAACAACAACUCAACAUCCUGAAUUGCUUAUAUGAGCAAAGUCUUCUGGAUAGUUUUCUUCCGUUUGAUCUCGAGGCUGUAUUCGUCUCCGGCGUGGUCAUUCUGAUGGCCCCAAUAAUUGAUUCUAGUUUAUUGGAAAGUCUUGCGCCGUGGCUUCAAAAAAGCUACAUUAUAUUAGAUGACAUGAUUUCUCGUGGGAAUAUAAUUGCAAGCUUUCGAAAAUCCGAACUUGAGCGACUGGGCGAGUUAUUGAGCCAGCUAUCGACAGAUCACCUAACUCAUAUCAACGAUCGAAUGCAAAGGGACCACCCAAAUGGAAUGUUAUCCCAGCUAUCAGCACCCACUUCACCUGUCAAUUGUCCUCAUGAGCUUCUUAAUUUAAAUGACGGGCUGACAACGGCCGAGAUUAUGGCCGUGGCUGAGUCGAUUGAUACGGGAGACGUAGAUUGGGUUGUACAGGCAGUUACUGAGAAUCACAUUUGGUAA